CAGAUGCAGACCGAUUCCAAUUGGCAAGGCCUGUUUUCUCAGGCACUCGAAUUUCUUAGCUGUCGCCCGGGGUCUUCCAAGCUUUCGCGAAAAGAGCUCAUCGUCGUCGACGUCAAUCCACAGCCCAACCACCCCCACACCACCCUUUUCCUCACGGUUAUCGUCGUCGCCAUGGCCUCGCUCACGACCGCCGCCCGCGCCCUCGCGCGCUCCUCCGCAGCCGCACCACGAACCGCCGUCCGAUGCAUGUCCGCGACCGCCGUCCGCCCGUCCGACAGCACCUACGAGAGCCCGUUCCGCGGCUCGCAGUCCACCACCAAGGUCCCCGACUUCAGCCACUACGCCGCCAAGAAUGGCUCCAACAAGAACCUCAUGUACCAAUACUUCAUGGUCGGCGCCCUGGGCACGAUCACCGCCGCCGGAGCCAAGUCCACGGUCCAAGAAUUCCUGAAGAACAUGUCCGCAUCUGCCGACGUCCUGGCCAUGGCCAAGGUCGAGGUUGACCUUGCAUCAAUCCCAGAGGGCAAGAACGUCAUCAUCAAGUGGCGAGGCAAGCCCGUCUUCAUCCGACACCGUACCGAGGCCGAGAUUGCGGAGGCAAACAAGGUCAACGUCGCGUCCCUACGUGACCCUCAGCAGGACGACGACCGUGUGAAGAAGCCCGAGUGGCUGGUCAUGCUGGGUGUCUGCACACAUCUGGGUUGUGUGCCAAUCGGCGAGGCCGGUGACUUCGGUGGUUGGUUCUGCCCUUGCCACGGUUCCCACUACGACAUCUCCGGACGUAUACGCAAGGGCCCUGCCCCCCUCAACCUCGAGAUUCCCGAAUACGACUUCCCCGAGGAGGACAAGCUGGUCAUCGGUUAAAAGGGCUCGGCAAGAGCGGGUGUAUGAGUACGGACGAGACGGUCGGUGACGGCCGCCUCCGCCGCCCCUCGAGACCAAACGGGCGGAGGCGACGUUGUCACUCUCUUAUAGACGGCAACAGACAGCAAAGGAGACCGCGAGGGGGAGAGAUACAUCGGGGCGGGCAUUUUCUAGACUGGCUCGCUGCAAUGCCAUUGUACAAAAGCAUUCGAGCAGAGAAAAUCCACACAAGACCUUUUCUAUGUUAGCCGCCGCCGCCGCCCGGCAACCGAUCGUCUGUGAUAUCACGUUCUUUCGAACAAACCAUGACCGGAUCAGCUUGAUCCCACUGAUGCAUGACGGCAGGACGGGUGCCCGAUGUUGAUGAUAAGACUUCGCGAGGCUAUAUGGAGUCGAACAAAAUUCGGACCAGCUAACAAUCUAGGGUUCAGAGUUCCUGUGGGUGGCUCUUGGUAGGGUCCGUUUCAGAAUGUGCCGGUGACAGUUUUCUCCCGCGGGCGGCUACUCCUUUAAGGAAGAUCCCGACCCAAGCUUUACUACUGUGUAGUAUCGGCCGCAAUCGACCUCGCCUCAGGGUUGGCCAAGCAGAUUCACCAGCGCUGGCGCCCUAGGCAAGAUCGUCGACCCGGCACGUCAAGCGGACGCCACCACGCUUCUCCAGCAAGGAGUCCAGCCAGCCGGGUGGGGUCGUGGCCGCCUCUGGCAGCCGUUUGAGCGGCGGUUCCGACAUUCAUGCAGCGGGACGGCGGCGGGUUUCUGAGGCAUGUCAUCUUGCAUGACAGGACUGUCCACGAAUGAUAUUCUCGCCAUGUGGGAAUAGAGUUGGUUCUGACAGGUUCGGCAGGCAGGGCCAGGAUGACAGAUGCUGCCGCAACUCUGUCAUCCUCCCGGGGCGCUGGGUGUGGCUUGAUUUGCAAUCCAUUUAUGCUCCUGGUGGGUGUUUGGCCAGCAGUGCUCCGAACCGGACUCUGGGCUUUGGUGACCGAUUCGUGUCAGGGAAGGGAGACUAGUGAACUACUAACGAACUGAAAAAAAGAACUACGAACUGCCAUUGCCAAGACAACGUCGCUAUCGGGCGUUUGACCCAGCGCGCCUUACAGGGUGUCCGGGACGCCCAGGCUGCGCUCUACAGAUGUAUUUUGAGUGGUGGCUGAGGAUAAAAGUUGUCUAUAUUCACGUAUGAAGGGGACAAGUCGAAACGAUCACUAGAGUGAGUUGACG